CCAGGGAGAAACACUUGUGCUGGCUGCAUUUCUAGGGCUGCACCAGAGCUCAAGGCUGUCAGCCAGUCCUGCCCAGAAGUGCCUCUCUCACAGGCAGGACUUGAAGUAUUUCAUGCUGGUGGAGUGGGUUUGCUGGCUUAGUCUUAGGAUUAAAACCCUUCAUGUGGCCUUUUAAAAUAUGUGUUUGAGACAGAGUGAAUGUAGAAGCUGAAAAUGCCUGGAAGAUUUCUGGUUUCUGUCACUAGCUGUCCUGCCUUUUUGCAUCACCGCCUGAUUUGGAUGAUGUGAUAUGCAGAGGGACGCCUUAAUUGAAGUCGUUCUUCAGCGAGUUGCCUCUGGCGGGAGGUCGUAGACUUGAUUCAAGAUGGCCAGUCAGCCGCCAGACGACACGGCAGAGGCUCAGGUCUCUGACGAGCUCGAGUGUAAGAUCUGUUAUAAUCGGUACAAUCUGAAGCAGAGGAAACCCAAAGUGCUGGAGUGUUGUCACAGGGUUUGUGCCAAAUGCCUCUACAAGAUCAUCGACUUUGGGGACUCCCCGCAAGGCGUCAUUGUCUGUCCUUUCUGUAGGUUUGAGACCUGCCUGCCAGAUGAUGAAGUCAGUAGCCUGCCCGAUGACAACAACAUCCUGGUAAACUUGACUUGUGGAGGCAAAGGCAAGAAGUGCCUGCCUGAAAACCCUACCGAGCUGCUGCUGACACCCAAGAGGCUGGCGUCUCUCGUCAGUCCUUCUCACACUUCCUCCAACUGCCUGGUCAUAACCAUCAUGGAGGUGCAGAGGGAGAGCUCCCCGUCUCUGAGCUCCACUCCCGUGGUGGAAUUUUAUAGGCCUGCGAGUUUCGACUCUGUUACCACCGUGUCACACAACUGGACUGUGUGGAACUGUACAUCUCUACUCUUCCAGACAUCUAUCCGGGUUUUGGUUUGGCUGCUAGGUUUGCUCUACUUCAGCUCCUUACCCUUAGGGAUCUACUUACUGGUGUCUAAGAAAGUCACCCUUGGGGUCGUCUUUGUCAGCCUCGUCCCUUCGAGCCUUGUUAUUCUCAUGGUGUAUGGGUUCUGCCAGUGCGUUUGUCACGAAUUUCUAGACUGUAUGGCACCUUCUUCUUAA